AUGCCCCCAAAAGGUUGGAGAAAAAACGCAGACGGCAGCUACCCAUUGCCUAGCCGAGAGCGUGAGAUUAAAUCAAUAGAUGAGAUUCUUUUCCCGAAAUCGACGGUAUUAAAACUUGCCAAAUCUGUGUUCCCACCAGGAACCUUGAUAUCCAAGGAGAGUGCUGAAGUACUUCAGAGAUGUGCCACAGUGUACGUGAAUUAUAUCACAGAAUAUGCCAGAAACAUUGCGGGAUCAAAGGAUCGGGUGACUGUCACUGCCAAUGAUGUGUUAGAGGCGUUUUACAGUGUGGGGCUAGAUGAGUUUAUCGAAACGAUGAGGAAUGAGUUAGAACAGCAUACGAAGAUCCAAGAGGCUAAAAAGCUAGAAAAGGCCAAACAGAAGGCUCAAAAGGUAGAUACAGGUGAUGUAGUAGGCGAUAGUGAGGAAGCAGAACAAGAACGAAAUGACGAUAAUGACGAUGAUGAUGAUAAUGUUCACAAUGAUGAUGAAGACGACGAAGACGAGGAUGAGGAUGAGGAUGAAGAAAUACCAGAUGUAGUUGAGUCUGAUGAUGAAGAAAAUCAUGAUUCAACCCAUAAUAUCGAUUCGUUAGAAAAGGAAUAUAAGGAGCUUGUAGGUAAUGAACCUAGUGAAGCGAAAAAUGAUGACACAGAUGAUGAGACUGACAAUGAAUGA